GCAAACUCAAUCGAACAGCACCCUUGACCCCCGACUCGCCCUGACAUAUCGCAACGCGCGCCAAUCUACACGCCCGCGUCCGCUCUCAUCGAUUCCCACAGUAUCGGGGCAAUCGAAAUUUGACGAUGAUAGAGACCGUGCUCAUUGUCCGCCAUGCCUUUCGGUCGAACUGGAGCGUGGACUCCGCAACUGGGCAGUAUACUGCUCUUCUAGUCAAGUCUCCGACCGGCAUUCCGACAGAUCCUCCGUUGACGUCGAAAGGCGUCCAACAGGCCAAAGAGCUUGCCGACUAUCUUUGCACCAUUGAGCCGCCAGUGGACGUCAUCUACUCAAGCCCCUUUUAUCGAUGUCUACAGACUCUCAAGCCAUUCACUGACACUUACUUUGGCUCUGGAAGGUCAAGCGGGAAAAUCAGAAUUGAUCGAGGCAUUGGAGAAUUCUUCGGUCGUGCAAAUUUUGAGCACCCACAUCCACCCAGUCUGCAGCUUCUGACGCCCCAUUUCGACCAUCUUGACCAAGACUAUGUCUCAACGCACGUCCCAUCCUCCAAGGGCGAGAUGAUAGUCGAAUUGCACGAGCGUGUGCAAAGGGCUCUAGACCACAUCAUCACCACACUGGACAAUGACCCAGCACAGCCUAAGACACUCUUGAUUUGCAGUCAUGCCGCCACAAUCAUAGCAGCUGGGCGAGUACUCACUGGCCAAAUGCCAGACGACGCAGACACAGACGACUUCCAAUGCUUUACUGCAGGACUGUCGAAGUUUGUUCGCAAGGCCGCUGAUCCCAAUAAAGGCGCAGUUGGCAACUGGGACUGCGUCCUUAACUCCGAGACAUCGUUCUUAUCAGGAGGUGCUGAGCGGGGCUGGAAAUUCAACGGCGACGAAAGUUUCGUGGCAUUUCCAGACGAGCAAACAGCCGCCUCGGAGUCGCCUAAGCUGUAAAGGGCAUGACCUGUUCUGCACCGCGUAUAGAACCACGAGGCAUCACGAUGCAGCGCUCCUCUCGGCAGUCAAUUAAUAGCAUUAGACAUUGGCAUUUCAUCUUGUUACUCCAAUAAUGGACACCCGGCCUUCGUGAACACCACCUCGCCAUGUGAUUUGUACAUGGCGAUCGCGAUACGAGUUCUCGGCCUUGUAUGUCGCACCUUCUUGUUGACCUCUCCACUAGCAUUCAUGCAAAUAGAUGACCAUGUACCUACGUACCCGAA